AUGGCGUGUUUGGUGUCGUGGCUCCCUUAUAUGGGCGUACCGGGACUCAUGGCCUUCUUUGCGUUGCUUAAACUUGCCGACGCCGACCUGAUGCUUCUGUUCAAGUCGAAGUUCGGACGUUCGAUAGCAACCCUGAGAGGAAAAGUAAUAUGGAUCACAGGAUCAUCAAGUGGCAUUGGCGAGUACCUUGCAUAUGAGCUAGCCAAAGUCGGAUCUCGUCUAGUCCUCUCUGGCACCAACCUGGAGAAACUAGAGCUUGAAAAAAACAACUGCCUUGAGUUUGGUAAAGACAAAGGGACAGAAGUCCUUGUUCUCCCAUUCAGCAUUUGCAACUUCUCGACACACAGCGAGCAGCUUCAAAAGGUCCUGGACCAUUUUGGCAAGUUGGAUGUCCUCGUUAACAAUGCUGGCCGUAGCCAGCGAGCUAACUUUGAGGAGACUCCUGUCGAGAUCGACAAAGAGAUGUUUGACUGCAACGCCUUCGGUGCCACAUCUCUUACGCGGUGUGUUGUGAAGUAUUUUAAAGAAAAGGGCGUGCAAGCUCGUGUUGUGGUCACCAGCAGCACGGCUGGAAAGCUUGGUGCGCCUUUCUCAGCCACCUACACUGGUUCCAAGCAUGCACUCCAGGGCUACUAUGAGUGCUUGCGCCUGGAAGGUGUGAUUCUAGGAGGUUUAGAUGUCACCGUCACCUAUCCAGGACCUGUAUUCUCACGUAUCCGGGAGCGUGCAUUUACUGCCACCCCUGGCAAGCUGUACAACAUGAAGGACGCGCUCAAGUCUCGACUCAUGCCCAUCGAACGCUGCGCUCAGCUCAUCGCAGUUGCCAUAGCCAAUAAUAUGGAUGAAGUUUGGAUUUCCCAGAAUCCCAUCCUCGUCGCCAGCAAACCUUCAGCAUUGUUGGAUGAUGGGAACCCCGACUGGGCGCCGUCGCAGCUCUUGGGUCAUGGACGCGAUGGUUCCUAA